CCCACCCUUCCCCCAUUUAGGGUCUCGACCUUCUAAAUCUGUAGGGGACCUCCAUAAAGCGAGGACAACGACCAGACCCGGAAACUCGCUUACCCUACAAAAUAAAAGUAUAAACAACUGUGUCAUAAGUAUUUGCAUUCUAUAUAUUUUCUAGUAUAGUGUAAUAUUCAGAGCAUACAUAUUCUACUGUAUAAAAUAUUGUAGAGCGUUAAUUUUCUAAUUGCAGUGGAGUAUUUUACACUUAUUCUCUUAAAUGUAACCGGAAAUACCUACAUUGCUUUGCUUCUCUAAUAUUGGUGGUGUUAUGUGUCAUGACUUUAGCCCCGAGUUCCGUCCCCCAAGUCCAUAAUGCGGCGUUACAUUCGUGCACUGUUGAUGUGCACGGUGUUUGCCGCGUUAUCGGGAUUGUACGUUUAUAGUACACUAUUUGAAGCGAAUAUGUCGGCCGGGGGAAACGGAGCGAAGAGGGUUUACGGCCCCCCGAGAGUGCUCGGACCCAGGCACGGGGACCCGGAUAAAGCGGGGCCACAAAGCUCACACCGGCACAACAGGUACAUCAUGCGUCAGCGAGGCUGGCUGGAGGUAGACGGCCGGCGCAGACCUCAGCCCUCCAUGCACUUGGCUGUGGUGGCCUGUGGCGAGAGGCUGGAGGAGACGGUCACCAUGUUAAAGUCGGCAGUGCUUUUUAGCAUCAAGGGCCUCCAGUUGCACAUCUUUGCUGAAGACCAGCUACACACCAGUUUCAUGGAAGCAUUGGAAUCCUGGCCCGCUUUUAUCCGCUCCAGGUUCAACUACACAGUCCACCCCAUCCGCUUCCCCAGUGACAAUGCAGCAGAGUGGAAAAAACUCUUCAAACCUUGUGCCUCCCAGAGACUCUUUCUACCUCUUAUCCUAAAGGACGUUGAAUCUUUAGUCUACGUGGAUUCCGACAUCCUCUUCCUCCAGCCUGUAGAUCGGCUGUGGGAUUUUCUGUCUCUGUUCGAUUCGGCGCAGCUUGCCGCCAUGGCCCCAGAGCACGAAGAACCCCGCAUUGCUUGGUACAGCCGCUUCGCCCGGCACCCUUUUUAUGGCAGAACAGGCAUCAACUCGGGGGUCAUGCUCAUGAACCUCACAAGGAUGAGGAAUAUGUUCUUUAAGAAUGAUAUGACGUCUGUGGGGCUCAGAUGGGAGGAGCUGCUGAUGCCACUCCUUCAAAAAUAUAAACUGAACAUAACCUGGGGAGACCAGGAUCUUCUUAACAUAAUUUUCCACUACAACCCUGAGCUGCUGCUGGAGUUUCCGUGCCAGUGGAAUUACCGUCCGGAUCACUGCAUUUACGGCAGCAACUGCGCCUCCGCCGAGGACAACGGCAUCUACAUCCUGCACGGGAACAGAGGCGUGUACCACGACCACAAGCAGCCCGCCUUCAAAUCGGUCUACGAGGCCAUAAGAAAGAUGCUUGAGUUCUACAUUGCAUGACAGCCAAAUUCAGAAGCAGGAUCACGCACCACUAACGUGUGAUAUCAUCGAGCUGGGAAAGAGAUUGGUCAAGAGGCUCAAGAAGACAUGGUUAGGUCUAAUUUGUAUUGAGAUAGCCGUGACCCCACAUAGAUACUAUUCAUUAGCUCGUGUGCCUUAGGAGUUUGCUAUUGUAAGGUAGCGAAGACUAUUAGGUUGUUUUAAAUACACAAUGUGUAAUUAUCUUUGUUGUAUGUUUAGUUUGACAGUAACCUUCAUCUGAGAGUGGCAAUGAACAUCUUGAAGUAUUUUUUGUUUGCAAGAAUAUUUGCUAAUUAUAGCUACCAAACUGGCACUUGCUGUCACCACUGUAGGUCUAGCCUAUGUAAAGCACCCCAUCGAGCUAAUUAUUAGACUGAAAUCUACUUUUUACAAGUCUUUUUCAGGGGUACCAUCCUAUUGACAAGCCAUUGAUCUCUUAACUCACUCACUGCUAGCCUUCCUAGUUAACAUGGAUAUUUGACUUCUAAAGCCGUCAAUGGCAGUGAAUGUGUUAAAAAAGAACCAUGAUCUAAAUUUUGUGUUUAUAUAUUUUUCUCCCUCCUUUUCAAACAGUAGUGUUAAUUUGUGAGUAUUAUGACACCAUGUUGCUGAUCUGUCAAUCAGCAGCAACUCCAGGGACCAACCUUUCUCAUUCAUCCAGUCAGAAAGCCCUCCAUGUUUCAGUUAGAUACACAUGGAUGGAUGGAGCUAAGUGAGGUUUGCUGGGAUGUGCUACCUGGCUGCCAAGCUGACCUUGUUGUGAUUGUGUGAACCCUCUCAUCCAUAUCACUCAGCAAGGUAGGACUCAGCUGGCAGCGAGGGAGCCCUAAUGACCCACAAUGCAAUUCACUGAACCAGGAAGUGCCCAUUAAACCAGCCAGGGCCGACAGUGCCUCGUCACUGUCACAGACAAUCGCCCACAGGUCCUGUUUUGGACCGCUGCAAUGCAUUUGUUACAUCGCGCGCACACACAUACACACACACACACACAGCCCUACGUGUGUUCUCGUGUGCUCAUUAAAGUAAUGGUUUGCAUCGUGCGAAUCAGCCAACCAAGCAAGUGUAAUCACUUUUGGCCAAUCUGGUGUAGCAUUGGUUUAGUCCAAAAUGACACUCUAAUGCUGGCCAAACUUUAAAAAAGAUAAAUUCUUUUAAAUUUGACAUAUUUAUAACAAGCUUGCCAAAUCUUAAAUCAAAUGAUUUAAAAAGAAACAAAAUCACCAAGUAUAUAAAAUAAGGCUCUAAAAUCAAGCUAAAUAUAAAUGCCAGCUCUCGGACGCUGUGUCCGCUGAAUGCGCUGGAAACCACGCCCCGCUCGACCUUCGACAUUGAAACAACGAAAUACACUCAUCACUUAGUCAAGCACAACAAAAACGGACAGAAGCAUGGGGAGAACACACAAACUUCACACAGGAAGGCUGGAGCCGGGUUUCGAACCCUGAACCUCAGAACUGUGAGGCAGACGUCCUAACCACUAACAGGUCACGCUGCCGUAGGUUUUUUUCUUUCUUUCUAUCCUUCCUAAAUGAAU